ACAACGUCUCGAACACUCGCUGCAUGCGGCGCGCUUCCACCGUUGUCGUCGCGGCGUGGAAUAGUUGCUUCACUUGGCCGUGGAGGAGGAGGAGGGGGCUCUGGAAGGGGUCGUGCAUUGAUGAAAUAACGCCAGCAUCGGAGCAGGAUUAAGGAUGAUCUCUCCGUGGGACCGGUGGUACUCGACGAGCUGCUGCCUCUGCUGCCAUGUCCGGACGGGCACCAUUAUUCUGGGGAUAUGGUACAUGCUCAUCAACGCGGUGGUCCUACUCAUCCUGUUGUCGGCUCUCAACGACCCCGUUCAAUACCGCUACCACCUCACCAGCUCCGAGCUGGGAACCGACAUCGAUGUCAUGGACGAUGCAAAUAUCUGCAUUGCCACUGCGAUAUCCCUGCUCAUGAUUCUCAUAUGUGGCAUGGCAACGUAUGGUGCUUACAAGCAACACGCUGCCUGGAUCAUUCCGUUCUUCUGCUACCAAAUCUUUGACUUUGCCCUCAACACACUGGUAGCCAUCAGUGUGGUUGUUUAUCCCAACACGGUGCAGGAUUACCUCCAGCAGCUGCCGGGGACAUUCCCUUACAAAGAGGACAUCAUGUCCACCAACAACGUGUGCCUAAUUUUCGUUGUCCUCCUCUUCAUUGGCUGCAUCCUCUCCUUCAAGGCCUACCUGAUUGCCUGCGUGUGGAACUGCUACAGAUACGUGAGCGGCAGGGGCACCACAGAAGUCCUGGUUUAUGUCACCACCAAUGACACCACGGUUCUGCUGCCCCCGUACGAGGAGGCCUUUGCCAUACCACCGAAGGAUCCCCCUCCCCAGUAUAUGGAGGCGUGAGAGACGUCCCCCACAGCCCAUACUCCGAACACGUCUCCCUCCUCCGACAUUAGGACCCCAGCGCUGGCCGGGACAAGCUGAAAAACAGACAAAAGUCUCUGAGGCUCAAAUUCCUGCCAACUUCUAAUUAGAUUAGCCUGACCCUGAGCCAGUAUUGCCCCCCCCCCCCCCCCCCACUCGCGAUGCUCUCGCUUUUCCUUGCCUCCUCGUUUCCUCUGUCCUACACAAGGACAGUAUCACAGCAACUCAAGUCGCUACCAGCCCUCCCUCCUGGCAGCAUCUGUCCCCCCUGGCAUCCAUCUCAGCCCCCCCCUCCCCUCCUGAACAUUCUGUCCCAACUUAAUUCGCACUUUUCUUUGAGUGAAACGUGUACCGGUUUGGCCACCAACUGUUAAUCCCCCGAUACUGUGACUCUCCCUCGUGGUCUUAGUCUUUGUCAGCAAACCCACCCCAAAGACAGACAGACAGACAGACAGACACAGAGAGAGAGAGAGAGAGAGAGAGAGAGAGAGAGAGAGAGAGAGAGAGAGAGAAGCGAUGUACACCAUCAGUUAUGCAAGAGCACUUUUUCCAGAAAUUGACAAUUCCCUUUGUCGAAUGUAAUGACAAGGUAUUUUUGUAUGACAUUUUUGUAUAACGGCAUAAAUUGAGGGGGGGGGAAAGAAGUGAGUGGGCGAAGGCUUUCCUUUUGUGAUGUCAUACGCUGUAGCUAUUCCUGCAGGGGGAAAAGGUUUUGUCCUCCCCCGCCCGGUGUCCUUUGUGUCCACGUAACACGCCGUCUGUAGACAUGUGACCCACCAACGGCCCGCAGGCGAAACCUCGUCCACCCGUCCAUCUCAACCCCCGAUAUUCCAGUUUGCCUUCCUCUCUGUUCCGACGUCUCAAAGGCCGAGAAGGACAUCCGUGUCGUUUGAAGCAUGCAAACAUGGAUGUGUCUCACACUGCAGACGGUGAAAUGUGAGACACAGAGUGUGUGACAGUGAUUCUGUGUCGUGUUCUCGUUGAGCUGCAGCAGCAUCGUUAGUGUCUUUGUUGCUUCUUUUUUUGAACGUAUCACGGUGUAUAAUCGGAUCUUUGUAGGUGCGCUAACUUGGCUGGACUGAGGGCAUUUUCUAUGAAGGCUGAGGGCAUUUUCCUAUGAAGGCGGCGCAAAAACAUGCAGCUGUACAUGCAGAGACCGCUCGUGUGUUUGUGUGUGUGCCUGAGCGCUAUGUGUGACGUCGUGAUGUCACUCCUGGUUCCUUUUAUAUGUGGUAACAUUUCCUUUGCACGUGCAGUGAUGUCGUGUUGAGAUAUUUCCUGUGCUGGUGACCUUUUAAUGAAAUUAACGAUGGCCGGGAAUUUGAAGCAGUGAUUUAGCUUAGCGUAGUAGCACAAAGUCGAUUCACAGUAGUCGGAACUAGAUGUUUGUCUUUUGCUUAGAACUAGUCAGAGGAUAAAGAGGAAUACUAAUGGAAUAAACAAUAUUAGAUAAACCGAAUCCCAUUUUUUCCUAUAAUUGCUAAGUAAUAUUUCCUAUCGAUUCCACACUAUACAACAGUGCAUUCAACAACUGAUUCUAAUACUGUAUUUAACAAUGUAGCCGGACAUUUGUUGGCCCCUUUGUCAUUUUUCUCCUGUGUGAAUUAUGACCACUGCUGUUGCAAAUCCAACAUAGCUAAACAUUGCACUUUAAAGCCAGCGUGAGCUCACCGGGAGCUGAUGUGGGUUUUUUUAGUAUUCACCUUCUGGGCAGUCUGCCGUAGUUGAGUGGUUCUAAACACAAUCCACCGCCAGCUUCUGGACGAUAGAACCGUCUGUAACAUCAACUUGUCAGUGGGUGAUGUGUCCGAUAGGAGACUGGAGGAGGAUUUCAGCUGUAGGGUUUAGCGGAAAGGCUUGUACAGUAUCUGUAUCAAUUGGAUGGACGAUGUCUCAUUUUAUUAGAAUCACUCCCAAGACUGUUCUCCAUUGCUUUCCAUUCAAACAAAUCCUAUUGUUGGAUCUGCACAAGCUCAUGUCCUCAAUUCUGAAUAAUAAAAAGCUAAAUCAGC